GAGCAAGCAAACAGAAGUAGUCGACGCUCCCAGCUUGGCUAAGAAAUCCGCCACCACAGCACAUCUCAAAUACAAUCGAAUUUUUUACAUAUUCAUAAUCAGACUUUCAAUUGCGAAAAAAAUUAGACUAUAUUCAUAAUCAGACUUUCAAUUAUGAAAAAAUAAAUCAGUGGCGUGAAUGGAGUAUGUUGUACAUUUUCAGUCAUUCUUCGUCUCCUUCCUUGCUCUCCUUCUUCCGGCUUUAUUCUUCUCCUUCAAAAGAAAAAACCACCACCACCACACAACCAAUCCAUCCAUGGCGGCGCCACCAGACUGGUCUCAACUCCCGGCGGAGCUCCUCCAUCUAAUCUCACAACGCCUCAACAGCCCACUCUACCUCCUCCGCUUUCGAUCCGUCUGCUCCACCUGGCGCCACUCUUCCGCAUCCUCCUUCAUCCCCAUCCACCAUUUCCCCUUCAAUUUCCCACCCCUCUCCGAUCACGAUCACCACGACGCUUCCUCCUUCUCCCUCACCAAACGCACCGUCGUCCUCAUCACCCCACCACCACCACCGCACCACCAAACCCAAACCCCAUGGUUGGUCAAAAUCGGCGAAGACCUAUGUGACGGUGACCGAACCCGAACCCGACUCUGGCACCCUCUCUUUCGUGGUCCACACUUCCCCAUCUACGCCAUGCGCGUGCUCGAUUUCUACAACCUCUCCGUCUUACACAUCGGGAACGAGUUCAACCUUCACCACUCUCCUCCUUCUCCCUCCGGCCACGACUCUCUCUACAUGGAGAAGGUAGUUGCGGCUACCACCUAUCAGGGUAAGCAAGAGGUUUUCGUCUUGCUCACGAUUCACAUCUCCGGCAAGCUCGCCUUAUUCCGCAGCGGCGACGAGAGCUGGAGGAUCAUCCCUGACAUGCCCACGCCGUAUGAUGAUGUCUGCGUCUUCAACGGCCGGCACUUCGCGGUGGAUGGCACCGGGCGAACCGUUGUGGUUGGAUUGGAUUCGGCUCUGGAUCUGGUUGUUGUCGCCGAGCCGGUGUUCGGCGGGGAUAAGAAAUUCUUGGUGGAGAGCGAGGGAGAGUUGUUGCUGGUGGAUAAACACAUGUCCUCUAAUUGGUUUUGUGGUGGUGGAGAGGCUGCUGAUGAUGAGGAGAACGAUGGCGACGACGACAAUGGUGAAGGGGUUUACAGGGUUGGGUGGGAGAGAGCUGUGAGUUUUGAUGUUUAUAGGCUUGACCAGAAGGAGAAGAGGUGGGUGGAGGUGACGAGUUUAGGGGACCGGGUUUUGUUCUUGGGGGGUGAAUGUGCAUUCUCUGCUUCAGCUUCGGAUUUACGCGUUUGCAAGGGGAACUGUGUGGUCUUUAAAGAUCUUGCUCUGGAAUGUGCAAUAGGUGUUUUUCCUUUGGAUGUUGGUCGGAUUUCGCCGCUGUCUAAUCAUCCCGAUUAUUCGAGGUUGUUCUGGCCAUGCCCGGACUGGAUAUGGUCGCAUUGCCAUUGACAGACAGGAUACUAUGACUCUAAAACGGUAUAUGAUUCAACAUCAGCUACACUGAUAUAUCUUUGUGUAGCUUUUCUUCUUGCUUCAAGUGUGGUUGGAUUUCUUUCUUGGUUUUACCCUUACAAUGGAAUGUCAGUUCCGCUAAAGGUUUUGCUUUUUGACACAAUGGGAUUGGGCGUGGUUUUCUCUACCGUGUUAUCAACUUUGUUGUCUGCAUGGAUAUUGUUGUUGUUUCCAACAAUUGAUUCGGGCCUAUUAGGUGGUGUUGUGUUAUCCUUUCAUUCGGGCCUCCUUUGGUUGGCUACCCUCUCGUUUGUUCACAUGGUGAGGGAGGAAUAUUUUCGUAGAAACAACAACAACAAUCGCAUUAAUGGUGCUGAGAUAGCCAUAUAGCUAUAGCUAGGAAUUAAUAUUGAAUUUCAUUAAUUUUUCCUCUUCUUCAUGUAGUAUUCAAACUGCUGCCUAGGUUUGGAGUACUAAUAGACACAUUAUUAUGUUGUUUCUGAUUUAAUUUGCUGUCAUGGAUUGGUCGUCAA